UUUUAAAUUUUUAUUUUGAAACUAAACAAAACAAAUAUAUUGUAGAAAUUAAAAUUACCUUUAAAAAAAAAACAAUUUAUAACUAAAGCAAGUUUGUUUGUUUUUUUAUUUAUAUAAUUUAUAUUUCUGAAAAAUACUUCAAAAUCUCUACAAUUCAUGUUGUUAUUUAUUACAAAUUUCUUUUUUUUCUUUUAGUUUUUUUUCUUCCCUUUUUUAUUUAAAUUUGUUUAUUGAAUUUGAGUUUUUCACCUUUAAAUUAUAUAUAAAAAAAAUUGAAUUUUUCAUAAAAAAGUAACAUCAAGAUCCAAAAUUCAACGCUCAUUUGCAACAAAUUUAAAUUAAAUUAAAAGAUAAAAUUAAAGAAAAUAUUUAAAAAAAAAAAUCAUAAGUAUUUAAAAACGCCAACAUAUUUCAAAAAUAUUACAACGUUUUUAAGAAAAACAAAACAUCUUUUAAAUCGUAAAUAUAAAUUUAAUUAUAAUAAAAAGAAAAACAUCAUAAAAAUUAUACAAACAAAUCUAAAUUAAAUCUAUUUUGUUAAUGUGUUACUUAAAUCAAAAUGGUACGAUUUCUAACAUCAGCUUAUAAUGCAGUUAUAGGCGCCUGCGAUAAGAUUGUGCCCGCAAGCCUAAGACCUUUAUGGAUGAGUCCGGCUGGUCCCAAAACAGUUUUCUUUUGGGCACCAGUUUUCAAAUGGGGUCUAGUUAUUGCUGGCAUUGGAGACUUAAAACGUCCUGCCGAAUUUCUAUCCAUCAAUCAGGCAUCAACAUUGACAGCGACAGGUCUUAUUUGGUCACGUUAUUCAAUGGUUAUAGUGCCGAAAAAUUAUAUACUCUUAACAGUUAAUAUGUUUGUAGCUCUAACGCAGGGUAUACAAGUUGUACGAGCUGUUAAAUAUCAAAUGGAACAAAAUAAAGAAAAUUAAAAAUAUCAUUUUUUGAAAUUAUACACAAAAAUUGUUUUCUAGCUGCGGCUAAAUGUAAAAAAAAUUAACGCCGUUAAUAAAAGGCCGCCUUUGACAAAAACACAAAAACAAACAGCUGUCAAUUACACAAAUUGCAAAAAAUUGACAUUGUUGAAAAAGAAAAACAAAAAAAAAAAAAAA